GCUCGGCUAAGCGCGUCGAUGUGCCAUGCGGUGGUGAUAGUGCUGUGAAGUGGUGUUGUGCACGAAUACACGAUGAAGUCUUUUAGCGCGACCGCGCUCGUUGCUUUCGCGAUUGUUACAGAAUGUUUCGGCGCUCAGUCAGACCGCUCCCGGCAGCGAUCCGGACCCAUCAGAAGCGUGCCGGUGGCAGCCGACAUCAAACGGGACGUGGACUUCAUUUGCCCUGAGGACUUUGGAUACUACCCCCACCCCACUGACUGCACUCUCUACUACGUGUGUGUGUUCGCGAGCGCUCUCCUUGAGUCUUGUACUGGUGGCCUUAUGUACAGCCACGAACUUCAAACAUGCGAUUGGCCCAGAAACGUUGGAUGUGAUGGCCCCAGCGCUGCAGGAGGCGAUGAGUUGGAGCGGCUUAGCGAGAGGGACGGAAUUAACGAAAGGGAGCGCAUUAACGAAAGGGGGCGCAUUAACGAGAGGGCGCGCGUUAACGAGAGGGAGCGCGUUAACGAAAGGGAGCGUUAUAACGAGAGGGAGCGUGUUAGCGAAAGGGAGCCACCGCCACCACCUCCACCUCGCCGCACCCCGCCGCCGCCACCACCACGUGUGCAACCCAACCCCGUCGUCACGUCUCGAGGCCAACCCAAAUUCAACCGUGAUGAAUAUGAAAAGCAACAGCAACUCUAUGCCGAAGUAGACGAUCUACCUCCUGUCGAAGAAAUCGAAAGUGAUAGACAACAGCGUGUAUAUAGAGGACAACCUUCAACCAUUGGACAAGUUCAAAAAGACAGAGACGGCUACGCGCAAGUCAACUCUGGUGGAAGAAAUCUCAACAACAACAUCAUCCCCGCUUCGAUACCUCAGAAUAACGGCAAAAUUGGCUCUUUCUCCUUUGGUACACAAGUCGAUGAAAGAAGAACAGCUACGAUUACUCAAGUACCACAAACAUAUAGUGGAAAAAGUGACAACAUGACUGACCCUAUUCAUGACAGACAGCUAGACAUUAUCACUAAUGAAAUUGCAUCAGACGUAAUUGAAAAACCCGUUUUGCGUAGGAAACGAGACACAGAGGCUCAAGACUUAGGUGUAGGAGACAAGAAUUCCACUAACGUAGAUAACAUUUCGGAAAGAAGUAGCAAAGACGAAGAAAUUGAAUAUUUCGAAUAUGAUGCAGAGGCAGUUCCCAGUUAUGGUGAUGAGCGUGGUCAAGAUGAUAGUGAACGUGGAAAACGUCAAGUUCGAUAUUAUUUAAAAAAUGGUUACAAGAGUCCAGGAAAAAAUUGGGGCGUGCCAAAAACUAUAAAACUAGUUGAUUUAAGACAAUUAAAUUAUAGUCCACAAAAUACGCGACUUCAAGCAAACUAUAACGGACUCAACAAUGCCCAUGACCCAAGUCCAAAUCAAUACUCUUCAAGUAACAACUUCGGUUCAUCGCCUAACUCCUAUCAGAUUUAUCAAAUUGAUAGUAAUCCACAGUCACAAAUAGCUUUCAAACCCAGUUUGCCGGAUCCUACAAAUCAAAAACUGGCACAAAGUUCUGGAAAUGUAGCCACACAAAUAAUCACAAAAAGUCCACCGAUUUCUUCAUUGAAAAAUAACGAAAAUCUAUUUGCGUCUUUGGCGGGAGGAUUUUUCAAUAAUGCUCCAAAACAAAAUAAUGAUCAGAGAAACAAUCAGUUUGUAUCACAGUAUACACCUAUUUCAAGCAAACCUAAUCAACAAGUCGUGUUUCCCGACUCAUCAAUACUGCCAAGUACUGUAAUUACUGGUAAACCAGUUCUCUUGUCUACCACACAAGGAACACGAACCAAAUAUAGACCAAUUGAAAAUAACGAGCAAUCACAAGUACGAGGUCGACCAAUUUCAAACGCGAAUGUUAAUCAAAAUAGUAAACGUCCAAAUAAUGAUGAGGAAUAUGAGGAUGAAAGUGAAUCGGAAGAAGAUGAAUCAGAUGAAAACGCAUCGUCGGAGAAAGACGACAAUGACGAUUUUAAACACGAUUUUCCCGAACCUCCCUAUGAAUUUACACAUCCAAGUCAUAAAUUCGCGGACAUAGAAAACCCUUUUGCGAACCCUAAUUUUGAUUUUGACGCUUUUUUAUCAAAACUAAGUGGCGGCCAGUACAGAGUAACAACUCAAAAACCGAUAAAGGCACAAAACGCUGCAAUAAAAACUAUAGCCCACCCUGUCGAAAUAACAACAGCCAGUUCAAGCUCCGGUCAUCGUAGUUCAACACUUAACUAUAAAGGUAUGAGUACUCCGCGGCCAUUCAGUGGAUCAAUCGAUGGGGAAAUUACAGGGAGACCAAAUGAAAAUCUGCAUUCACCAUCAUCGACCAAACAAACCUUUGAACAAUGGACUCCAAUUCCAACUUCUAAACACCGUGGACAAGAACAGCAAUCGUCUUUGAAUCAGAAUACUUACAGAGCACCACAACAAAAUGCAGGGAUACCUUUAGAUGCUUUCAGACCCAAACUUAAACCGCCUAAUUUUAAAGAUGAGCGACUAUUGCCAAUAAAUUUUAAUUUUAACAGACCUGCAGAAAGUACAAUUAGACCUAAUUAUGAUACGUCAAAGCAAAAAGGAGAGAAUCACCAAGUAUUUACAGUAACACAAAGACCAUACGUGGUAGUAACGGCUACGGGCACUCCAUUACUUUUGUCAACACCUAAACAACAGUAUUAUAUAAACUCAGAAAAAUUAAUUUCUUCGCAACCUUAUAUUGUAUCGUCAACUGGAAAGCCAUAUUUAGUUUCUUCUGGUAAACCACACCAGGCGUACAUAGCAUUUAAAUCAACUCCCAAACCUCUGACAACUAUUGCUAAUGAACAACUUGCGGCAUUGCAACACUACUGGAACAAUAAUCCAUCUUCAGAAUCAUAUUACACUAUUAAAUCAACACCAAGGCCGAAAGCAGUGUCUGAGCUCCCGAAACUUGAAAGUUUAUUCUCACAAACUGGUAGACCUACCGUAUCGCCCACAAGGGGUCAGAGCUUUUAUGCAAAUAUAGCUAAAGAUCCAGUUGCUUCAACGACUAAGCAACCUCCAAAACGAAGGCCCAUUCCUAAACCAUCUCCUGAAAUGAAUGACUACUAUUAUGAAGAUGACGAAGAAGAAUAUUAUUAUGAACCUCUUGUGAAACCAAAAUAUAUGCCCAGUUCUGAAGUUAAACCUCAAAGACCACCGAUGGCUCAAAAUUAUAAAGAAUACGAUGAUAGUUAUGAAGACCAACAAGAAAAGCGACCAGUGAAUAACAGGCCCUCACAGCAGUCGCCAAGAAGACCAGUCAAAUAUUCCCACAAUUCAGAAAGUGUUACCAAAAAUUACAAUGACGUUUCCGUUGUGACAAAAAGUCCUAUGAAGAACUAUAAUAAAAACGUUAAUGGAAAGAUACCUAUUCCAGUUUACGUAAACUAUGGAACUCCUUCACCUACAGUUUUGACGCGUCCCGAAGUCUCCAACUACGAAAUAAUUCAUCAUAUGCCGCGUAACCGUACGAUUCACAUCCGAAAACCAGCGCAUUUAGAAAGCGGUCCUUAUACUCUAAAGCCCCCCAAAUAUCUAAACCAGACAACAUUAAGACCUUAUACAGUUAGGCAUAGGUUAGCUAAGCCGACUACUGUCAAUGAGCCGAUCCCGACGAACGACGACAGCAAACAGACUAGAGGAAGAGUCCGACACCAAAACAUAGUAGCACAUAUUAAAAAUACAACUCCUCGAGACAGCCAUAACCAAGAGACUCGUUAUACAAAGACUAAACAUGACGAUACUACAAACAGUUUGGAACCGACCGAGAGCGUUGCUCCUGUCUCUUACUCAGCGAGCCCCCGUCCGAAAAUGCUUUACAACGGAUCUCAAAGCUACAGCCCUGAUCAGUACGAUCCCUUCUAUGCUGUGUACGACGAGGAUGGUGAACUAUACAAAGAUGCAGACUACGUCCAGCAAUAUAACUCGGCGUCACUCCGUCCGGCAGUCCAGCAGACGUACCGCGGAACUCCGCCUCCGGCCCGCCGCCCUGUUGAGACAUACUCGCCGAGGCCUGUUGCUGACGACUACGAUGAUGCUCUUAUUCAGGGACAGAUAAGCAACCAAAACCAGUACCAAUCACCCAUACGCCAUUCUACAAGGGGCGAUGGUAAUGAAUUGGGCUAUGAACACAUACCGAGCAGCGUGCGGACGACUAUAUACGAAGCAACUUCUAUAAGCACCACUCCUUCUACUACGACUAGCACAAGCACUACCACGCAACGUUCUACUACCGCACCCUACACUGAGGCAAUGACCCCGUCUCGAUAUACCACAACAAGAUCACCUACAGAUGAAAAUCCCAAAUCCCAAGAACCUAAUCCCUCACAAAGCCCUGCUGACGGGUCUAAUUCGUCAAUCCAAUCAACUCCUACGUCAGUUAUAAACCUUUCUUCCCUUGCAAAACCUUUUGAAAGGACUGACAAUACGCACAGGUUAAGCGAGACCAUACUUUCGACUGAAAAGACUCCGACUUCUAGACAAUCUUCUCGAGUAACUAACAACAACAAAGUAUCAGUGGAUGCGGUGAAACCUUCUUCUAAUGAAAAUAAAAAAGUUGUGUCAUUAACUACUGGUUUUUCUAUUAGGCGAAACUCAAAUAAUACUAACAAUCCUUAUACGUUGACUGUCUUAACCCGACCCAUAGAUGAAUACAGUAAGUCUAGAAGGAGAACCAAAGUUACUGAAAACAUCAAAAAUAGAGGUUUACAGGCUAGCAGAUACUAUUAUGAAAGCGAAAACAACAAAGAUAUCGAGGAACCAAGUGCCGCUUUAGAUUUGAGUGAAUAUCGCAGUUCUUCAGAGGCAAUCACAACUAGAAAAGAUUCUAGUCCCGAAAUAAUUAGCGAAGAGGUACCUUUAUAUACACGACCAACCGUUCGUAUAACGGCUAAACCAAAUGUGCGAACUACUGAGCCAACUACAACUUCAGCACCAUCAACCAAAUAUUACCUCAAAACGGUUUUACGGCGUCCAUCCCCAUUUACUACUAACAACGGGCUGAAUGUUGAUUCCACAGAAAACUCAAUAAAUACCGAAGCCUUGAUUGAUAUUGCUCUUGAAAAUUCUCGAGCAAACAACCAAGAAUAUGUACAACCAACACCGUCAUUAACUGAAAAAGAUUUUGAUGGUCAAAAUGACAGAUCUGACGAAACAUGGGACGAGCCAAUAGUGUCGCCUUAUAGAGCUUUGAAUAAUUUACGAAAUACUUAUGACAAUGAAGAUAACUAUAUUCCGGAAUCUACAUCUACCACCACUUCUACAACUCGUGUAACAAUUCCUCCUCGACGCACAGAAAAAACACGAUCAAAACCAUCUUAUUAUACUUAUCGCGUUUUAGACGAAGUUGUGCCUGAUCAAACGACUGAAGUUUUUGGUAGCACUGUAAAAAAUGUUCUUAAAGCGUUCUUUAAUAACAUAGUGAGUACACCUACACCCCGAUUAUUGAAUGAAUUCUCUAUUACCACACCUAGAACUACUCCUCAACCCGAAGAAAAAACUGUAAAUAUUGGUUUCCAAAAGAAAAAGUUGAAGUUUGUAAAUGAAAAACCUUCCCGUAAUAAUGUUAAGAGAAUUCAAAUCAUUACUGAGCCGAGUAUCAAUAAAUUCCAAUCCUCAAAUGAUGAUGAAUAUAGUUAUACUGAACCCGCGUUUAGAAAUGAUUUUACAUCGACAUCGACAUCAACCACAACCACAACCUCUUCUCCGGCCCCAAUUAUUAUAACAGAACCACCCACCACUCCAACUAUGCUCGAAAGUUCAACUAAUAAUGAAUAUCGUAAUGUUCUUAGUAGUCGAUUUUAUGAGACCGCUUUUGACAGCUUUGUUCCAAGCAAACCCGAACCACCAAAGUCGUAUAAAUUCCAAAAACUUUUAGAAGAAUCUCCAACUGAACCUUCUAGUCGUGAUAGUUUCUCUUUUAUUGGUUCCGAUGACGUAACGACCAAAGUAUUCAAUAAAGGUACUAAAUCUCCACCUGAAAUCGAUUGGAACCGACCAACUAACAAACUUGUAAGCGAAAUUGCUUCGACUACAAGCACUACGAAAGCGACUUCGACUGCUCGAGUUGAACCGACAUCUUCGACUAAGAGCUUAUCCUUCCCUACUCGGGCCUCGCGAGUCAAUCCUGCCAUAAAGUUGGCCGCGACAAACCCUGGAGGUGGACGCAGGAGUUACCAAACGCCGUCCAAUUGUUCAUCAGACAACAGUCUGCAAGCGAACCCAAAAUGCAACGAAAUCAAAUAUCAGAGGCCGACUAAUACAAGAGGACGAGGCCACGCACACUAUUCAGCUGCUUCGGAUGCGCCUGCGCCUAUUCCAAACAGAGGAACUCCACCAACCCGUAGCCGCCCUACUUUAAAGCCAUCCACGGCUAUAGUAUCCAAGAGCACUGAGUUUGUGGACAUCUACGCUCACCCGCCGAGUAGACCAGCCCCGGUCUAUCCCCAGCCGACACCUGACAAGACAGCAGCGAAGUGCAGAAAAGACGUUUGCUUAUUACCGGACUGUUACUGCGGAGGAAAAGAUAUUCCCGGUGACUUACCCGUGGAGACGGUACCGCAAAUCGUUCUUCUGACAUUCGAUGACUCGGUAAACGACUUGAACAAGGGCCUGUACGCGGAUCUCUUUGAGAAACGCCGCGUGAACCCUAACGGUUGUCCCAUCUCGGCGACGUUCUAUGUGUCGCACGAAUGGACUGACUACAGUCAGGUCCAGAAUCUGUACUCCGCUGGACACGAGAUGGCCUCACACACAGUUUCCCAUAGUUUUGGAGAACAGUUCUCCCAAAAGAAAUGGAACAGAGAAGUGGGUGGUCAAAGAGAGAUUCUCGCUGCAUAUGGUGGUGUGAAACUAGAGGACGUUAGAGGUAUGAGGGCACCUUUCCUCUCAGUCGGAGGCAACAAGAUGUUCAAGAUGUUGUACGAUUCGAACUUCACUUAUGACUCGUCGCUGCCGGUUUAUGAGAAUAGACCCCCGAGCUGGCCUUACACGCUCGACUACAAACUUUUCCAUGAUUGUAUGAUUCCUCCAUGUCCGACUAAGUCUUAUCCAGGAGUUUGGGAAGUGCCUAUGGUGAUGUGGCAAGAUCUGAAUGGAGGUCGUUGUUCCAUGGGCGACGCUUGCGCUAACCCACCUGAUGCUGAAGGCGUAUACAAGAUGAUACUGAAGAACUUUGACAGACAUUACACUACCAAUAGAGCCCCAUUCGGUUUGUACUACCACGCUGCGUGGUUCGUCCAGCCACACCACAAAGAGGGCUUUAUCAUGUUCUUGGACUUCAUCAAUAGAAUGCAGGACGUUUGGAUUGUCACCAACUGGCAAGCCCUGCAGUGGGUUAGAGAUCCUACACCUAUCUCCAGGAUCAACAACUUCCAGCCGUUCCAGUGUAAUUACCAGGACCGGCCAAAGAAAUGCAACAACCCUAAAGUGUGCAAUCUAUGGCACAAAUCUGGGGUAAGGUACAUGAGAACGUGUCAGCCCUGCCCCGAAGUGUACCCAUGGACGGGUAAGACUGGCAUCAGGUCUUCACGCAUCGACAACGACAUCGGCGAAUAAGCUUACCCAUAGACAAUAACAAAUACAAAUUGUGCAAAUGAUGAUCCUAAAACUGAUUAGAAUACAAUGGAUCAACGUAAACUAAUUCACAGUAGAAUUGUUUUGUCACCAACUAAAGAGUGCCAUUUAGAUAAUGAUGGUCACAAAGCAAGCUUUGACAUUCUUGACAGUCUCAUUGUAAAUUGGUAUAACUCUGUCUCGUGCUAAGUCGUCCGCCACGUGAUUGUAUUGGAAACUGUGAUAUUAAGUGUUUUCAAUCGUCUUGAGUGAAGAAUGUGUCAAUAUUUUUAAUUUUAUACAUGCAUGGUUUUAUUUUAAGGAAUUUUGUGCAAUGUUUUUGCGUUUUAUGAUUUCCUAUUUUGUGUUUGGUUAAUACCUACCUAUUUAACUACAUCCCUAUGAAAUACUCUGAUCUGAUACACAUUUAGUUAAGUUUAAUGUUUAAUAUCGUGAAGUGAUACUUUAUUGUCUAAUUUUUCAGCACUUGCAAUAGUAUUAAAAUUUAACACAAUGUACUUAAAUCAGAUUACCAUUAUCGAUAAUGUUUUAAACAAGAGCCAUAUUGAAUUUUAGAAAUUAUUUUCUUGUAAUCUUGCCAGCUUCGCGGUUGACACUGCCUUUUUUUAAUUUGUAAAUAUGUAUUAGUUAAUUUUAGUUUAUAGAUAUUAGAUAAAGUUUACAUUGUUCUUUAAAAACAAUGAUACCAAUAAAGUAAUCUCAUGUGAUUUUUCAAAUAAUUCAAUACAUAUUUUUUGAAUCUAUACCAAGCUAAAAUAUUCGUAUAGUUAUGUAGACGUCUGUUGAAGCAUCAAGGUUGAUGUAGCACAUGUCUACGUGACUUUUUGGUAUACAGUUUAAUAAUGCAAUUUAAUCCUUUAUUUGAGUCAUAAAUACUUUCUCUUGAUAAUGUUAUUGAUGACUCAGCAAGUGAAUUUACUACUUAGUUAAUUACUCUUUAGCUUAAAUCUUUAGUACGCUAUAGCUACUAAAGUUAUUGGAAGCGCUUGCUACAACUCUAUUUAAAAUUAAUCUAGACAUUCACUAUUUAUAAGUCCUAUUAUUGUAAAUAUUAGAAUAGUAUUUAAAAUUGGUAGUUUCACUUUUGUAAUGUUUCGUGAUUAGACAUUUUUUAUUUUAUUUUUACUCGGACGUGACUAUUGGUAAGACCUUCGGCGAUGAGUCUCAACUGAACUUUUGUAUAAUUCUAAAGGAAUCUCUAUUUAUGUACAAUGGUUGAAAAAUUGUGACCAGUGCUGAUAAAUAAAAUGCUGUAAACGAA